AUGUUGCAACCAUCAAAAAUUCGAUUUCACCUAGCCACUAUCACACAAGGUUAUUCUUCAAUUUUCUAAAUUCAAGGGAAAUUCCGAGAAAAUUGAAUGUGAUAAACUCUUAUUCUCUCAAAGUCCCAUAAGAUUUCCAACUAAAUUUCGCUGAAAGCUCAAAGACUUAAUUUCACGUGCUCCUUAAAUUCAAUUUGAUGGCAAAGGAAAUUUAAAUGGAAUAAGCUCCUAUUCUCUCGAAAUUCAAUUCUUCGUGAUUUAUCACAGGAUUUCCAAUUCAACCGUUACAGAUUGGUGAUGGAAGCUCAAGGACAAUGUUGCAACCAUCAAAAAUUCGAUUUCACCCAGUUCACAAUUUCAGCCACUGCCACAGAGAAGAUUAUUCCUCUUCCUGCUGUCUGCAGAAGCUCUCAAAAAAAAAAAAAAAAAGAAAAGAAAAAAAAACUCGACCACCGGUCACCGCAGAGGGCAAACAACGUUUGCCGAAAACCGCCGGGAGCGGGAAUUUCUCUGAUGUUCUCUGGGUCACGGACGUUUCUGCACGCACACAGACAGAAGCGAACAAACGGUUGGUCGGCUUCGAAACGCGUGGCCCGCAUGCAGGAGAGCACAAACACGACCACCUUCGAUUCGAGUCUCCUCCGCUGGUUGGGCAUACCGAUCUUCAUCGUCUCCCCACCUUGGCUUGCUCUUCCGAACCAAGGGAGAUUGACGUGUCGGGCGAGACAACGCGAUGGAACUGUGAUGGAUGGAUUCGAGACGUGAUCGUGAUACAGUUUAGGGUGUUUGAAGUUGCUGAACGUGCACAUCAGGAUCCACGUACCGGAGAUAAUUCAGCAUGACGAGAAGAAGAUUAUUAAGUACGAAGAAGAUCACGGUGGACACGAUCAUGGAGGCGGAGGAGGUGGUGGGGGUGGAGGUGGCGAUCACACUGUAAUAAUCACUUCACCUGGAGGGGGUCACGGUGGUGGAUUUGGAGGAGGUGGUGGAUUUGGCGGUGGUUUCGGAGGAGGACAUGGAGGAGGAGGAGGUCACGGAGGUCACGGAGGAGGUGGAUUCUCUAGCUUCGGGGGAGGCGGAGGUGGCCACGGAGGUGGCGGAGGAUUCGGAGGUGGCCACGGAGACAUCAUAAUAUCUAGUCCAGGCGGUGGCCAUGGUGGUGGAGGCUAUGGAGGAGGAGGUGGUGGAUUCGAUGAACACCAUGGUGGCGGAGGAUUUGGAGGAGGUGGUGGAUUUGGAGGCGGCGGUGGUUACGGAGGGGGAGGUGGUGGAUUCGAUGAUCAUCAC